AAGAGUCCGCGUCAUCCUUCCUAAUCCCAUCCGGGUUAAAAUCUUUUGCGCAUUUACACGAAGUCGACGUCAGCUUUCGAGUUAGAACAUACGUGUCUAAGUAUUCCGUAGGACAAAAACCUUUUCAACAUGGACCAGGUAAUGCAAUUUGUGGAGCCCAGUCGACAGUUUGUGAAGGACUCGAUAAGGCUUGUGAAGAGGUGUACCAAGCCAGACAGAAAAGAAUUCUCAAAGAUUGCCAUGGCCACAGCGAUAGGUUUUGCUAUCAUGGGCUUCAUUGGUUUCUUCGUCAAACUCAUCCACAUCCCAAUCAACAACAUCAUUGUUGGUGGUUGAAUAUCUCCCCUGGCUGAUUAACUACCUGCAACUGGACAUGGGAUUAAAGUGUUAACAUUUUUUGUAUAUUAUAAUUAUCUUCAGUUCAUAUUUGUUUGCUUUGUAAAUAAAUGUGGAUUAAUAAGA